AUGCCACUCUCCACGAGGCCAUGGAAGGUGUGGCGGCGCACGCGGAGCAGUCCUCCGGAGGGGAGCUCGCUGUCCCUCCGCACUCCGAGGUCGACAUCCUCGACUCCAUGCGUGGGCUCUCCGUCUGUCUCAGCGUCGCCGCCUUUCCCAGACGCCGUUCAGUCCCCUUCGCGUCCCACAACUCCCGUUGAUCCCGAACUGCUUUGGAAGCUUCUUGAUGGCACCCGUGCUGACCUGGACAUUUCUCAUGAGGCUUUCAACCCCGACAUGCACUCUCCAAACGACAUGCUCGUCGAUACAGAGGAGCAUAUCGUCGACCCGGCAGCCAACGGUGUCGAGAAGGACAACCUCACAAUCAUCAACCCAGACAAUUUAGAAACAGAGGCAGAGCAACUUCAAGACCUGACUAGGGCGGAUGACUAUGAGGCCAUAAAAGAGCUUGUCCUUAUGCCAUUGGUAGAAGAGCCUCGCGUGCUCGAAGAUGUUGUCACCACCUGGGAAAUUACAAACUGGCGGUCGCUCAACAAGAAGGAACGUGGCCCAAUCUUCCAGGCUGGUGGAUUCCCAUGGCGGAUAUUGCUCUUUCCAUUCGGCAACAACGUCGACCAGUGCUCUAUAUACCUGGAACAUGGCUUCGAACCGAAUGAGGUCCCUGAGGACUGGAGUUGUUGUGUGCAGUUUGCACUGGUCCUGUGGAAUCCGGAGGAGCCCACGAUCUUUGCUCAUCACAGCGCCCACCACCGGUUCACCAAAGAGGAGAGCGAUUGGGGUUUCACAAAAUUCCUCGAGUCUCGUAGGAUGUACGGCAUCUGGGACAAUGCGAAUCGACCCAUGAUUGAGAACGAUGCCGCCAACAUCACCGUGUACGUCAGAAUUGUCGAGGACGAAACCGGAGUGCUAUGGCAUAACUUCAAUAACUAUGAUUCCAAGAAGGAGACAGGAUUUGUCGGGCUCAAGAACCAGGGCGCCACAUGCUAUCUGAACUCUCUCCUGCAAUCUCUUUACUUUACAAACGCGUUCCGCAAGGCCGUAUAUGAAAUACCGACAGAACAUGAUGAGAGCAUGACCAACAGCGCAUACACCCUACAGCGUCUCUUCUACCAGCUUCAAACCUCCAACGCAGCCGUCGGCACGAAUGAACUGACCAAGUCUUUUGGCUGGGAGACAAGACACAUCUUCGAGCAACAGGAUGUUCAAGAACUCUCACGCAAACUGAUGGAGCGCAUGGAGGAGAGGAUGAAGGGUACAAAGGCCGAAAACAUGUUGCCACAAAUGUUCAGUGGCAAAAUCAAGACAUACAUUUCUUGCAUCAAUGUCGACUACGAAUCCAGCCGCAUAGAAGAUUUCUGGGACGUUCAACUAAACGUUUCCGGAAAUAAGAACCUGCAGGAAAGCCUUCAGGACUACAUCCAGGUUGAGAAGAUGGAAGGCGAAAACCAGUAUAUGGCAGGUGAGCAGUACAAGCUGCAAGACGCCAACAAGGGCGUUAUUUUUGUGGGCUUUCCCGACGUCCUUCACCUACAACUGAAACGUUUUGAGUACGACUACAUGAGGGACACCAUGACGAAAAUCAACGAUCGCUACGAGUUCCCUGAAGUAUUCGAUGCGGCUCCAUAUCUCUCGGAAGAUGCCGACACGGCCGAACCCUGGACAUACCAACUGCAUGGUGUCCUUGUGCACAGUGGUGACCUGAACGCAGGUCAUUACUACGCCUUUCUGAAGCCAGAAAAGGACGGUUGGUUCUACAAGUACGACGAUGACAAGGUGACCAAGGCGACGAUGCGAGAAGUCUUAGAAGAGAAUUUUGGUGGCGAAUACCGGCAGGCCACGAACAAUCUCCGGAGUCCUUUGCAGAGGAAGGCACCCAUUAUGCGGCCUAACAGUGCCUACAUGUUGGUAUACAUCCGCCAAUCACGAGUAGACAAGAUCCUUUGCCCAGUCACUGAAGGAGACAUUCCCGAACAUCUACGCAACCGAUUCGAAGAGGAAGCUGCCAUAAGGGAAACUCGGAGGAGAGAAAGAGAGGAGCAACAUCUCUACAUGGGCGUCAAGGCUAUUCUCCCUUCGACAUUCCAGGAACACGGCAGCACGGAUCUUGCGUCCUUCGACGCAAACCCUGAUCUGGAUCCUGCAGCGCCUAGAUUCUACAGAACGCUGCGCUCGUCUACUGUCCAAGACCUCGUCAACCGCAUCGCCGAGGAUGUGAAUGAGGAUCCGAGGAAAUUGCGCCUCUGGAUGAUGGUCAAUCGUCAGAACAAGACAACGCGCCCGGAUACGCCCAUGAUGGACACGAGAGUCACAGUUGAAGAGAGCUACAACAAGUCGACGACCCACAACAGCAAUGUUCUCCGUGUCUGGGUCGAAGUCGCUGAAGAGGUCAAUGCCGAAGGCGAUGCUGUCUGGCCCACAUACCAAAGCCAAAGCAAUGGUAUGGUAGUGAAGAAUGACCUGAUACUACUGUUCCUGAAGCAUUUCGACGCUGAAGCACAGACCCUCCGUGGUGUUGGGCAUGUUUACGUCAACAAGGAGAAGAAAGUUGAGGAGAUUGUGCCGCUGAUCUGCAAAAAGAUGGGAUGGGGCGAGAAACUCCCAGCCGAUGACAAGGUUAUGCUUUGGGAAGAGAUCAAGCCAAACAUGAUCGAGUCCCUCCGGGCAAAACAGACGCUAAAGGCUGCUGAGCUCCAGGACGGGGAUAUUAUUUGCUUCCAGAAGGUGACAGAGAAGAAGUCAGGACUUGAGAAGAGGCUUGGCCUCGGGGACAAGACACCCGAUGAGACGGUGAGGAAAUCGGAUCGGUGCGAGGACGCUCGGGAUUAUUACGACUUUCUCAUGUUUAAGAGGACGGUCAAGUUCCAUGCUCACCCAACCCGGUGUGAUCCUAACCAAUUUCCCCCAUUCGAGCUCGUCCUCAGCGGGAAGAUUAGCUAUGACCAACUGGCUGAAAAGGUUGGAAGCGCAUUGAGCGUGGACCCAACACAUCUCCGAUUUUACACUGUGAACACCAACAGUGGGAACGUUCGGACUGCUGUGAAACGGCUGUCCACGAACCAGACCCUGCAGAGCAUCCUGAACCCGUCAGGCUACUCUCAGAUGAACCAGGCCCAAAGGAGCGAUGCCUUGUAUUUCGAAGUGCUUGACAUGAGCCUGGCAGAGCUCGAUACGAAGAAGAAUGUUAAAAUCACCUGGCUCAGCGAAGGCAUCACCAAAGAGGACCAUUUCGACAUUCUCGUGCCCAAGAACGGAAUUGUGGAAGACCUCAUCAACGGAGUCAUCAAGAAGGCACAGAUUCCUGAAGAGGCCGAAGCCGGCAAGAUCCGAGUCUUCGAGGUAAACAAUCACAAGUUCUUCAGGGAAAUGUCGCGCGAGUACCCAGUCAUCAGCAUCAAUGAGUACACACUGCUCGUGGCUGAGCGCAUGUCGCCGGAAGAAGCAGAGGCCACGGACAAGGAGUUCAUCAACUGCUUCCACUUCCAAAACGAGCCGAGUCGUGUGCAUGGAAUGCCAUUCAGAUUCCUGCUCAAGGAGGGUGAGACAUUCGCAGACACCAAGAAGCGGCUCGAGAGGCGGACUGGCCUCAAGGGCAAGAGCUUCGAAAAGAUCAAGUUUGCGGUUGUAAGACGAUCCGCAUAUUCCAAGGUUCACUAUCUCCAGGAUGACGAGAUCAUCACAGAGAUCCUGUCAGGAGAUGACGACGACUUCCUCGGUCUGGACCACGUGGAUCGAACACGGUCUAUGCGCAAUGGGACAGGAGACCUGUUCCUGAAGUAG